CUAGGGCUGGCUCCCCAUCGGUGCUCCGAGCUGCCCUGGCUGGGGAUCCAGAAGGAUCCGUGGACGCUCCAAAGGCGGAUGGCUGCGAAGCGAAGCAGCCCUUGUGUGCUGCCAGUGUGGGUGGCCGUAGCCCUGAGGAUGUUCUCCCUUUUCCCUUUCCUAGGGGAAGAGAGGACGGCCCCGUAGAUCCCGCCGAGCUCCUGCCUGCUCCGCCUGGACCGAGAGGACGGACCGUGACCAGCCACGAUGAGAGCUCCGGCCCUCGCCUGAUCCCUUUCCUGCUCAUAAAAAUGAUCAACAAGUCUCGAGGGAAGAUACUCGGGGUGCUGGCGCUGUUUCUGGUGAUGGUUUGGUACUCGAUCUACCGGGAAGACAGGUACACACAGCUCUUUUAUUUCCCCGUCCAAGAAAACAAGACGACGUGUCCCCUUGGGGAGGUGGAAAAGAAAGCGGCGCAGCUCAUCGGGAACUACACGAGGGACCACCCGCUCUUCUUGCAGCUGAAGGACUAUUUUUGGGUGAAGACACCGUCGCUCUACGAGCUGCCCUACGGCACCAAGGGAAGUGAAGACGUCCUCCUGCGCUUGCUGUCCAUCACCCACUACUCCCUGCCCGAGAGCAUCCAGAGCCUGAAGUGCCGGAGGUGUGCGGUGGUGGGCAACGGCCACCGGCUCCGCAACAGCUCCAUGGGCGACACCAUCAACACCUACGACGUGGUGAUCAGGCUGAACAACGCCCCGGUCCAUGGUUAUGAGCAGGACGUGGGCUCCAAGACCACCAUGCGCCUCUUCUACCCGGAGUCGGCCCACUUCGACCCCCGGACGGAGAACAACCCCGACACGCUGCUGGUGCUGGUGCCCUUCAAGCCCAUGGACUUCCAGUGGAUGGAGGCCAUCCUCAACGACAAGAAGAGGGUUCGGAAGGGGUUUUGGAAGCAGCCCCCGUUGAUCUGGGAUGCCAACCCGGAGCAAGUGCGCGUCCUGAACCCUUACUACAUGGAAGUAACUGCUGCUAAAGUGCUCAACCUCCCCAUGAAGCAACCACGGAAGGUCAAACAGAAGCCCACCACGGGGCUCUUGGCCAUCACCCUGGCACUGCACUUCUGCGACCUGGUGCACAUCGCGGGCUUUGGCUACCCCGACUCGGGCAACAAGAAGCAAACCAUCCACUACUACGAACAGGUCACGCUCAAGUCCAUGGCUGUAAGUGUCUGCCCCACAAUUUUGUCCACGCUCCCCCCUCUUUUUCCCCUGGGAUGGGGGAUGGCAUCCCAGGAGAGCAGUGCUGUGAUGCUGAGUGAUGUGGGAGCCUCCUCCCACGGAGACCUCUUGCUCCCCUCCCACGAUGGGUGUUGAAGCCCACUGUUGGAUGGUCACCAUCCAACUUAUCCCUCUAGCCCAGUGUCUUUGGAGGCGUGGAGAGCUGGAUCCA